AUGGAGCACCGAAGACCAAGGGAUGCCCUAUCAUGCGACCGAUGUCGCGCGAAAAAACUCAAAUGCUCUAAAAACUCUCCCGUCUGCACCGCCUGUGCCCACAGCCGCUCCCACUGCCAUUACAGUGGCAAGAUUGUCAGAUCGCCCUUGACUCGGGCCUACCUCACCAGUGUAGAGAAGAGGCUACACACCCUAGAGUCUGUCGUCACCCAGCUAGUACCUGGCGUGGAUAUUGAAGAAAUCCUGGCCUCUCCCAAUGUCCCUGCCACAACCCCGCCGCCUGCCCAACACGCCCCUACUCCAGAGCCAGCCAUCAGCCCUCAGGGCAGCACCAAGUCUAGCUCACAUGAACCUCCCCUGCUGGAAGCGGUCCCCAAUACUGCCGAUGGCUUCAACUGGAUAGAGAGUGCCAAUGUCGACGGACUCAUCGAUGGCAUGGCCGCCCUUUCCGUCGAGCCUACUGGUGUCGGAUACCUAGGCUCAACAUCGGGUGUCGUCUUCUUGCGUUGCUUGCUCGAUUGGGCUGGAUUCGUACAGCAGACUAGAGCCGCACCACCUCAGCAGCGCGUUGCAGAGCCCUCUUCAUCUUUCAACAGACUUGUUGCAUCCUCACAAAUCUCACACGCUGUGCUGGUCAAGCAGCUGGCAAGCAGCCUGAUCGAUGCCUACUUUCUCAAUUAUCACAUCGUGUACCCAUUUGUCCAUGAGCCAAGGUUUCGUGCCCAGUACCAUGAGGUGGUGCCGCGCCCGCCAAAGAGGUCGUGGGAUAUGCUGUACCAUGUCAUAUUAGCGCUUGGCGCCUGGUCAUUGAACAAUGAUCAUGUUGGCUUGGAAAAUUAUCUGUAUCGUCGGGCUCUGACCAUUGGCCAAGAUGAAUCUGUGUUUGAAGCCGCCUGUCUGUCGACCGUCCAAGCCCUUGUAUUGCUGGCCAAUCUUGCCCAGAAGCGAAACAGCCUCAACACCGGGUGGAAUCUGCUAGGUCUCGCUGUGCGUGCGGCGCUGAGCCUAGCUCUGCAUAGAGAGCUCCCACAUUGGAACAUCAGUCUGAUUGAGCGCGAGUCAAGACGCAGAGUCUGGUGGGGUUUGUACAUCUUCGACAGUGGUGCUUCCACCACACUGGGACGCGCCGUCUUGCUGCCUGAUCAAGACACGAUGAAUGUGCAGCCCAUACUCAAUAUUGAUGACGCGUUGCUUACGCCUCAAACUACGUUCAUUCCUGUCGAGUUGGACACUCCAACAAUCUACUCCUCGCUCAAGCAACAAAGCAGCUUCCACCUUCACACCAACCACAUCUCAAACAAACUGCUGGCCGAGCCGGGGCUAUCUGCCGAAACAGCACUCGCAUUCAACGCUACCAUGGACGCAUGGGCACAUACUGUUCCCUUGUAUUUUCAACUGUCACACCCGCCAUACAUGUCCGAGCGAUGGUACAUCUUUGCACGGUCGCGGUUGUGGUGGCGAUUCUGGAACCUCAAGAUCAUCCUGUUCCGCCAGAUUCUGCUUCGCUGCGCCAUAUCAGAACGUGGCCACAUACCGGACCAGGCCACAGAUGCUGGUCCGCAAGACUGCAAGCGUCUUUGCUUGGAGGCCGCACAUUCCACCGUCACUUCCAUCCAUCAAUACACGGCAAGCGAGUCGAACAGACAGGAGAGCUGGUACGCGACAUACUUUCUCUUCCACGCAGCGUUAGUCAUAACUCUAUGUAUCAUCAGCUUUCCAGACGCUGAAGACAUGCCCACCUGGCUUGAAGAUGUGCGACUAGCCAGGACGACGUUUCACGAGCAUCUUGUCCAGGGCUCGCUGUCAGCAAGAUGCGUUGCUGUUCUUGAUCAAGUCGUGUCCGCCGAUCUAGGCGCGGGCAUGUUCCCAAAUGGCGAGCUGGAUAAAGAUGCAUUGAGCAGCUUUCCAUGGUCUGCCGAGUCGAGCGAGUUAUUUAGCUCGUUUGAUUGGGACUUGUCUACUACGACUUUCUAG